AUGGGAACCCAACCGAUUGUGAAUUUACCAACGAUUUUGUGUCUUGGUCCAAGACAAUCGGGAAAAACGCAUUUAUUAUCCAGUCUUCAACUUUCUGGACGCAUAACAAAUGUAUCUCACUCAGUUCAAACAAUCGGUACGAAUAUAUUUACAAUCAAACUGCUAGACGGUGCUCAAAAACAAAGCAGCACUUCAGUAGCAACAGCAUCACACUGUGGCAAGCAAAAAACAACUGCAAACGCCAGUUUUCGACGUUCAAUGAAAAAUCCAAGCGUUACGAUAAUGGAAAUCGGCGGUAUGAUGGCACCAAUGUGGACCAAUUAUUUGAAUAAUGUUUCAAAGAUAUUAUAUGUGAUUGAUACAUCAAAUUUGUGUCAAAUUUCUGCAGCGGGUGUCUUAUUGUAUUCGUUACUGGCUGAUCCAAGGUUGCAGCACACAAAAUUCUUACUUAUCCUUACAAAAAUGGAUUUGGCAUAUCGUCAAAUGAGGAACGAAAUGUUGCUCAUGAUUCACUUUGAAAAACUAAAAAAACAAAUUCGUCAAUCGAUUCAAAUUGUUGAAACAAGCUCAAUCACUUGCAGUGGACAUCAAAAAAUUUUGGAAUGGUUAUCAUUGCCAUAAACAGCGCUCUCUCUUUACAUUUGAAAAAAAAAAAUAUAUUUCUAUUGAAAACACUUAAAAUGCAUACUAAAUUGUAA